AUGUUGACACGGGGGCCAGUGACCUCCGGCACCACGAGGGGAGAGGAGGCCUCCGGCUCUACGAGGGGAGAGGAGGCCUCCGGCUCUACGAGGGGAGAGGAGACCUCCGGCUCUACGAGGGGAGAGGAGGCCUCCGGCUCUACGAGGGGAGAGGAGGCCUCCGGCUCUCCGAGGGGAGAGGAGGCCUCCGGCUCUACGAGGGGAGAGGAGACCUCCGGCUCUACGAGGGGAGAGGAGGCCUCCGGCUCUACGAGGGGAGAGGAGGCCUCCGGCUCUACGAGGGGAGAGGAGACCUCCGGCUCUACGAGGGGAGAGGAGGCCUCCGGCUCUACGAGGGGAGAGGAGGCCUCCGGCUCUACGAGGGGAGAGGAGGCCUCCGGCUCUACGAGGGGAGAGGCCUCCGGCUCUACGAGGGGAGAGGAGACCUCCGGCUCUACGAGGGGAGAGGAGGCCUCCGGCUCUACGAGGGGAGAGGAGGCCUCCAGCUCUACGAGGAGAGGAGGCCUGGCUCAUGAGGGGGAGAGGAGGACCUCCGCCUCUACGAGGGGAGAGUGUGAGGGCCUGGCUCAAGAAGGGAGAUGA